AUGGAAGUGACCACAUCAAAUAUGCAAAACAUCAGUACAACAAAUGUAACUGACGAGGGCGGCACCGAUUACAUAGACCCGUAUUUUGAGCUGAGACAAUCUCUCAACAUCAUGACUCUUGUUAUCUACUGCCUGGCCUUUGUUCUCGGUGUUCUCGGGAACGGAGCAGUUAUCUGGGUGACUGGAUUCAAGAUGAAGAAAACCGUCAACACAGUUUGGUUCCUCAACCUGGCUGUGGCUGACUUCCUCUUUACAGCAACUUUGCCCCUCAGUGUCACAUACUUGGCUUCAGAUUUCCACUGGCCUUUUGGCAAAUUCAUGUGUAAACUCAACAGCACAUUCAAUUACCUGAAUGUCUUUGCAAGUGUCUUCACUCUGAUGGUGAUCAGCGUGGACAGAUUAGUGUCAGUGGUGUGGCCUGUCUGGGCCCAGAACCAUCGUAAUGUACGCAAGGCGUCCUAUGUGAGUCUGGGUGUUUGGUUGCUGGCUCUGGUUCUCUGCUCUCCACACUUUGCCUUUAGGGACACAGCACCUGUUCCUCACAAUCCAGAUGUGAUUAACUGCUACAGCAAUUAUGCUCUUUUUGCUGACCUUGAGUCAGAACAUCUAUAUGAGCUGAUAGUCCUGCGUUAUCAGGCUUUGGUCAUUACCAACUUUAUCCUGGGAUUUGUUGUCCCCUUCACUGUCAUUGUCUCCUGUUAUGCUGUGAUAAUCCAUCGUCUCAGGAAAAACCGCACCCUGGCCAGCCAAUCAACUCGUACAUUUAAGAUCAUUGCUGCAGUUAUAAUCACAUUUUUCUUCUGCUGGGCCCCCUUUCACAUCUUCUCUUUGAUCAACAUGCAUCAUUUGGUGACCAAUUAUGAAAAUGAAACACUGGACCAUGUCACCACCAUCGGGAUCCCCAUCGCUACCAGCCUGGCUUUCAUUAACAGCUGUCUGAACCCACUGCUGUAUGUGUUUGUUGGGCGGGAUUUCAGGGAUAAAGUCUGUCACUCUAUCCUGAAAAUGUUGGAGACUGCCUUCCAGGAUGAGGACACUGGUUCUCACACCUACACAAACUCAGCAAACACUGGUCAGACCAAAGACAGGUCAGUGGACAGUACUGGGAUGUAGAAAUGAAUGUACAAUGAAUGAUUAUCAAACUCUGUCGAUGCAUUGUCUUUGGUAAAUGUGGCAUAAUGAUGAAUAAAAAAUGUACCUUUCUCUGUAAAAAAAAUCUGAAUUUAAAUUAUUUUUCAAUCUUUUCGACAUUAUACCAACACGAAACGUCUCAUGAUUAAUAAAAUUACUUUUUAUCAUUGGACUUUUUUUUCUAAAAUCCAGUACAGAUACAAGAUGACAAUGUGUGGCUAACAAAUACAUAUCUAUUGUACUUACACUAUGGUCAGUGUAAAACUGCCAGGCUGCAGGGUGUUAACUAAUUCCUGAAGGUCAGACUUUAUUUAACAUGUAUGGUGCCUCAAAUCCUUUUUUCCCAGAAAUAACAUCUAUAUUAAAGGGGCACUUUUAUAUAGAUAACAUUUUAUAUAUUAUAUAACAUUUAUUUCAAUCUGUUCAAAAGAUAUGACAUAUUUUGGAUAUGGAUACAGAUGAACAAGAGGGAUUUGAAGGUGAAAAAGUUACAACACUUAUUGCAGCAACUGUGUGGCUUACCCUCUGAACACCACAGGGUGGAGCCUGUGUCACAAAAAACCCUUGUAUGUCGGUAUGAGUCGUCUCACGCUUUCAGUGUCCUGAACAGUUCUUCUUGAGUUGAUCAUAUUUGGCUAAGGUUUGCCUGCAUGAUCAUUUAAGCAAUAAUAAUAAUAAUAAUAAUAAUAAUAAUAAUAUCAGACUGCCUGCGUCUUGUAAGACAGCAAGUAGGGAAAUCAUUUGUUUCCCGCACGUGUUGCUCUGUGGUUUCAGAAAGACAUUAUGCCACUAUGGAGAGCAACAGGAUGUUGUGUUAUCACUGUUUUGUGAGAAGUCACAAAGAGCUGUCCUAUCCCCAAAAAUAAAUUUCAAGAAGGCAGAAUAUUUUUAGAUUAUACAAAAGUAUACAAGCCUCUAAAAAUCAUUCUACGUUAUCCAUUAAACAAAAAUGGGAGAAGGAGUCAGGAAUACAAAUAUCAGAAGAGACCUGGAUAGAAAUAUGUGAGACACAAGCGAACACUGCAAAUUCAAGAUCUUUAAGAGAGUUCAGCUGGAAGAAUGUGGUGAGAUUUUUCAUAACCCCUAAAUUAACAGCACUGCAAACAGGCACACAGAACCGAGGCUACUGCUGGAGAUAAUGUGGAACCCCUAUGGCUAAUCACUUUCAUAUUUUUUGGGCCUGUUUCCAAAAGUCAUUUUGGAGGGAGGUAUCAACCGAGAUAAAUAAAAUAAUGGGGGUGGAUUUAGACUUUGUUGUUUUAUAUCUCUCUGUAAAAUCCCGGAAACAGUCCUACAUAAGGACAGGUACCUGUUAAAGAUUCUUUUGGCAAGUGGUAGGAACGCCAUAACAAGAAGGUGGUUACAACCAGAUUCCCCAACACUGAACCAGUGGCACAGGAUUGUCCAAGAAAUUCACUGUACGGAGAGACUUACUUUUGUUUUAAGAUUUCAGUUGGAGAAAUGUUUGAAAUGCUGGGGAAAAUGGACUGGAUAUGCACCUUGAAUCGUGUGACAAUUGCUAUGAUUUAUGUGUACUUGUAUAUAUGUAUCAAUGUGUAAAAGAAUAUUUACAUUUCAACUGUAUCACCCAUGAUGACCUCAUGUUCUGUAAAUAAAUAAAAAGUUUUUUUUUAAAAAGAAGAAGGCAGAAUAUUUUUAAUGGAAUAAGGCCAAUUAUAGGCCCUUACCUGUCAGACUGAGCCUCCCACCUGACACUCAUUCCCAUCCAAUCAGACGGCUUUUUGAUGGGUCAUAUACCUGCCCUUGAUAGUGGUGCUAUUGAGUCUUUCAGCUGAGGUUUUGUUGUUUACAUAAAUAACUGCACAAGGAAUUUUUGUUGUUUGUUGUGCUUUUUGUAUGUAAUGUCACAGUGCUACUUGUAUUAAUAAUUUGAAAUCUCUAAGGAAUAUCAUAAUGAACACACCCUGACAGUACCCCCUGUAGCCCUUUCAAAAAUUCCCAGAGGGAAUUUUCUAGCUUGUUUUACAGUUGACCAAACUUAUCACAAUAGAAGGUGGUUACACAAACGUCCAAAGGAGCCACAUGUCAUGAGUGCCUGUGUGAACACAUGCAUGUGCAUAAUAGGUGCUCUAAGAUACCAAUGAAAAAUAGCACCACUCUACCUGCUUUGCUUUGAUGAAUACUGUAUAUUGAUCUGCUUUCAGGCAAGUAGACUAAUGGUAACCUUUUAUUUUCAUUAGUGUAUGUGGGCCUAACAAGAAGGAUUGUUUGAGGGAUAAGAAAGGCUCACAUAGUUUUGGUAUAUGAUGAUAUGAAAUUCUCUGGUUGCAGAUCAGGUGGUGAUGGGUUAGAAUUCCUGCACUCGGUCAUGUAUUUAAUAUAUGACAGUAUUGUGACAUAUUGAUCAGGUAGUUUACUCUUCAUGCUGCUACGGUGCUCAUGGGAAUGGCCUGAAUGUUAGACAUGUUCAAGCCCACACUUAUCCAGUAGAUAGAUACUGACUGUAUAUGUCAGCUUCAGGUACAUAUCUUUUGGAAAUUUAAGAUACUAUGUCAUAACUCCCCAAUUCAACAUGUAAACUUAAUCUGUGAGAAGUUCAGGGUCAAGAUGCCAAAUCCAAAUCAUUUCUGCUCUUACAUUAAAAUUUGAUUGAAACAAUGUGACUUGACUGACUGAUAUAAGGAUUUUGAAUUCUGAAUGACACCCAGAGUUUUCUUUUAACUCUUCAAGAGAAGAUGCAAGAGGGAUAUGUAGUAUAUUUGCCCUAUAUCAUCCCUUAUAGGUGACCUGUCUGAAAUGACUGACUUGAUUUGGACAUUAGCUUGAGAUGGAUCAUAUGUAUCUGUUUGUUACUUUUAUAACUCUUAUAUCUGGUGUCCGGUGCUUUUAACAUGAAUUCAGAUGCUUUGAAAUGUUUUUUUUUCUUCUUUUUUCAUGAUAUUAUCAAAUGAAUCCCGUGACAAAGAAAACAUUUCUUAAGAGAGGUGACUCAGCACAUCAAACAGGAUGCUGACAGGAAGAAACAAAUUGUGAACGAUAUGGACUUCUGCAAUUUCUCUGAACCCACUAUUAUUUAGGUUGUCUCCACCAAUAUAGUUUGCUUUCAGCAGUAGAUAGACAGCAUAGUUUUAAAAAGACAGAAAGAUGAGCUGUCAUAAUAUAAGAUAUUUUACAGAAGUUGAGUUUAAAAAAUCAAUGGAUGGCAAUAACAAUGAGGAAGUUUUUACAUACUAUUGGAUUAUCAAAUAUGCAAACAAAACUGAUUGAAUAUCUGGUCACUUUUCUUUUUUGUUUACCAGUGAUGACCCUGAUUUCCUCUUUUGUUUUAUUAAUCAUAGAUGUCAAGGGGACAAGUCAACAGGUCAAUGUUUUGUACAUUUUUCAUGUUGCUCCACCUUUAUUUGGGAAUUGACGUCAUAGCCACAAAUAAACCUGUAUAAAUUCAAGUCAUUCGGACAGUUUGUGCAACAAAUCCUUCCUCAACCUCACAGGAAGCUUUGGGAAAGGUAUGUUUUUGCGAUUUAAUUUUUUAGAUUCAUCACUCAAUGUUGUUAAAAACAAAUGCAACAACCAAACUGUGUGACCUCUUACUUUGAAUUGUAAUAUUCAAAAAGAUUUGAAACCUACACAUUAAACACAAGCAGUUUGUUGUAGGAAUUAGCUGUUUCAAAUUCAAUCCAGUCAAGACCUGAAUAUGUUGAAUUUUGUUCUGUCACAUCCUGUUUACGGGUCAUGUUUUAUGUUUUAUGGAUCCUUUAAAUCCACAUAAGUGUCUUUAUUGACACACUUAGAGUAAUGGAGAAAUAAAUGUAACAUGUCAACAGGUACAAUUUUAAAUAAUGUUGACAAUACUCAGGAAUUGAUUAGAAAAAUACACUUACACAGUAAAGGAACACUAAUGCUUUCUUUAAUAAAGGUGGGAAUAACUGUUUAACAGUGUCAGUAAAACCUUUUUAAACAGCAACACAUUUAUUUAAACUUGACAUUUCAGUCGGCUACUAUUCAGAAGUCUUUGAAGGAAAAUAAAAAUCAUCAAGCAGUGGUAAAAAGAGACAAGAACAACAACAGCAUAAAAAGGAGGUAUGGAAUAAACAACAGAAAAUAGAUAACAAAAUAUAUGGACUAAGUUAUAAUGACCUGAUGUCUUUCUUUGUUUGUUUUGCCAUUGCAGUACGAUUAUGGAGUCCACAACUGCACGAUUACACCAACUAACAGCAAAUGCUCCUGCCAGAAAUGACUCUUCAUUUCAAAACAAGGAUUUUGAGCUGAAACAGUUUCUCAACAUCAUGACUCUUGUUAUUUACUGCCUGGCCUUUGUUCUUGGUGUUCUCGGGAACGGAGCAGUUAUCUGGGUGACUGGAUUCAAGAUGAAGAAAACCGUCAACACAGUUUGGUUCCUCAACCUGGCUGUGGCUGACUUCCUCUUUACAGCAACUUUGCCCCUCAGUGUCACAUACUUGGCUUCAGGUUUCCACUGGCCUUUUGGCAAAUUCAUGUGUAAACUCAACAGCACAUUCAAUACCCUGAAUGUCUUUGUGAGUGUUUACAUUCUGGUGGUGAUCAGUGUGGACAGAUUAGUGUCAGUAGUGUGGCCUGUCUGGGCCCAGAACCAUCGUAAUGUACGCAAGGCGUCCUAUGUGAGUCUGGGUGUUUGGUUGCUGGCUCUGAUUCUCACAUCUCCGCACUUUGCCUUCAGGGACACAGCACCUUCUCCUCACAAUCCAGAUGUGAUUAUCUGCUACAACAAUUAUGCUCUUUUUGUUGACCACAAGUCCGAAUCUGUGUAUGAGCUGGUAGUCCUGCGUUAUCAGGCUAUGACCAUCACCUGCUUCAUCCUGGGAUUUGUUGUCCCCUUCACUGUCAUUGUCUCCUGUUAUGCUGUGAUUAUCCAUCGUCUUAGGAAAAACCGCACUCUGGCCAGCCAAUCAACUCGUACCUUUAAGAUCAUUGCUGCAGUUAUCAUUGCAUUUUUCUUCUGCUGGGCCCCCUUUCACAUCCUCUCUUUGAUCAUCAUGCAUCACUCUGUGACCAAUUAUCAAAAUGAAACACUGAACCAUGUCACUACCAUUGGGAUCCCCAUCGCUACCACCCUGGCUUUCAUCAACAGUUAUCUGAACCCACUGCUGUAUGUGUUUGUUGGGCGGGAUUUCAGGGAUAAAGUCUGUCACUCUAUCCUGAAAAUGUUGGAGACUGCCUUCCAGGAUGAGGACACUGGUUCUCACACCUACACAAGCUCAGUAAACACUGGUCAGACCAAAGACAGGUCAGUGGACAGUACUGGGAUGUAG